AUCGAUCACCCAUACCUUAAUCUAGAAGGAAGGGAAACAAUGGAGUUUUUUUGUCGGCUGGUGAUUUUUUCUCUUUUCUUCAUAGGAUUCGUAUACCAUUCAGAUUCAUUAUGGUGCUACCAAUGUGGUGAUAGUUCUGCCACUGGUCCGUGUAUAACAGACACAGCUGACAUGGAGGCAGAGUACAUAGAUUUCAAUAUUACAAAUUCGACGGCGAAAAAAGAUCAGUCCGUAUCUGAUGGCACAAAGAUGAAACAGUACCAAUAUCUAAAGAAUUGUGAGAACACAGAAUACAAUAGAUGUGUCAUUGAGAGGAUAGAAGAACAAGGCCAAGUCCACGCAUAUAUACGGGAUUGUCAUAACAGAGCUAACAACUAUUCAUUUUAUGACCCGAAGUUUUUAGAUUUAGACCCUGCACGUAACCACUCAUCAUGUAUCUACGACGCCUUUUCCAAGAGAGUAGCUUGUGUUACUGUUUGUGAUACUGACUUUUGUAAUGGACCUCAGAUAGCUGGUGGAAAUAGUAGCCGCGCACAAACAUUACUCGUGUUGUUUUAUUCUGUUCUUGUAAUGUUAAAGAACAUUGUUUGAUCUAUAGUAGUAGUAAACAAGGAAACAUAACGAGUAUUUAAGAACUGAAAUACAUACAUGUAUAAUUGUAUACUACUGU